GAGAAGACACGGAGGAUCCUGGGUGCGCAUGCUAUACCCGAAGGAGGCGGGGGCAGCGCCGGCUGUGGUGGUCUUCCAUACCCACCGCACUCUCGCUGCCCAGAAUAGGAGCGGCGCUCCCUCCCGCACACGUUUCGCAGACCGAUAAGUGAUCUUCCCCGCGGCCACCUGCCUCUUCGUCCAGCUCUUCGUCCAGCCUCUUCCCCGCCUCAUGCCCUUCUCGAGCCGCUCUUCCAAUCCUCCCGAGGCAGCCAUGUAUAAGAAGCCGCAGCCCCGCCUUCCCACUCUUCGAAGCUCUGCCCUUCCUAUCUCCCCAAUCUCCGCACCCUCAUAGAGCCUCAGUGACCUCCGCCAUGUCCGACGCGUGCUCACUGUCACCCAGCUCGAGCAAUGGCGACCUCCCUUCGACCUUCAACAACGACUGGGAUGUCAUCCCGCCCACCUCGAAACGGUUACCACGGACGCUCGUCCUCUGUUUUGAUGGCACCGGUGAUCAGUUCGAUACCGACAACUCCAAUGUCAUCUUGUUCUUCUCUAUGCUCAUGAAAGACAACCCAGAGGAGCAAAUGGUUUACUAUCAGUCCGGCAUUGGCACCUACACUAUCCCGCAAAUUGCGACACCUCUAUAUGCCGGUGUCUCAAAAGCGCUCGACGAGAUGAUUGCCUGGAACCUCAAUGCGCAUGUUAUGGGUGGCUACGAGUUUCUCAUGUCGAAUUAUCGUGCUGGGGACAAAAUCUGCCUGUUUGGGUUCUCUCGGGGAGCAUAUACUGCCCGAGCCUUGGCUGGUAUGAUCCACAAGGUCGGCCUCCUACCAAGAUCGAACCAUCAGCAAGUCCCUUUCGCGUACCACAUGUUCACGCGCGACGACGAAUGGGGCUGGACGCAGUCCCGCGAAUUCAAGAAAACGUUCUCGAUGGACGUCGAUAUCGACUUCAUCGGCGUCUGGGACACCGUCUGCUCCGUCGGGCUGAUUCCGCACACGCUCCCCUUCACCUCCUCGAACAGCGCCAUCAAGACCUUCCGGCACGCGCUAUCACUCGACGAGCACCGCGCGAAGUUCAAGGCGAACCACUACCAGUUCCUGACGGACAAAGAGCUAAAGCGCGGCGUGCAGCCAGGCGAGAUGCCCAAGGCGGGGCAGCGCGGCGCGGGCUCGGGCAAAGACAGCAAAGAGAGCAAGGGGAGCCACACGCGCACGAAUAGCCAGGAGCAGGAGGAGAUGCGGCACGAGCAGGAGUUCUCUGCGGCCGAGGGGCAUUAUCGCAAGACGGACGUAAAGGAGGUGUGGUUCGCGGGCUGCCACUGCGACGUCGGCGGGGGGUCCGUGUCGAACACGAGCAGGCACAACCUCGCGCGCAUCCCGCUGCGGUGGAUGAUCCGCGAGUGCUUCCUCACCAACAGCGGCGUGCGCUUUCACGCGCCGCUCCUGCGUAAAGUCGGGCUCGACCCCGCCGCGCUCCUCGCCAAUGCGAAGCGCCCGCCCGCCAUCUACGCCGACGACCCGCACGCCCCGCGGCCGGAGGACUGCACAAGGCAGCCGGAGGACGGCACAGGGCGGCCGGGGCACGCACGCGCCCGCUCGGACGCGACGCUGGUGAAUGGAGGCACCGGCAGGCCGCUCAGCGAGGAGGAGGAGGAUGUGAUCGACGCGCUGUGCCCGAUCUAUGACGAGCUGAAGAUCGCGCCCUGGUGGUGGUCGCUCGAGAUCAUCCCGCUCGCGCACCGCACGCGGGACAAGAAGGGCAAUCGGGUCGAGGAAAUGAGGGUGAACUGGGGCAAGGGCCGCGAGGUGCCCGACGAGGAGGGGAUGCCGUUCUUGGUGCACAGGAGCGUCGAGAUCCGAUUGAAGGCGAGCAAGAGCGGCCAGCUGGAGGGCGGGGAGUACAAGCCGAACGCGAUCUUUGGUCCCGAGCAGAAGAUGAUCUUCGUCGACUGAGGGCGUGGCCACUGCGGAUCUUGGUGACGACUACAUUAUUACUUAUUGGAUGGAUGUGUUCCUGUCUCUUUCUUGUAGCAAUUAACACUAGCUGUAUAGCUGUACGCAGAGCACUGUAAUCAGUAUGCAAGGCUUGGUCCCGGA